GGCAUAGUUUGGAUUAGCCAAUCACAGUCGACUCCGAUUUUAUUUUCAUUCAUAAAUAGAAGAGUGUCCCAUCUGGUGGUUAAUUUGUGAUAGUGAUUUCAAGUGUCAACUUUAAGACCGUAAACACCCUGUAUAUUUUUGUGUUCUUGUCAAAAACUGAAACGUCAGAGGUGUUACCUGUCAAACGAAAAUUUUAAGGUUAUGCAAAUAAAAAUGUCAACCGUGUCGGUGUUUUGUUGUCUCCGGGGUUGUUUAGAUGGUUUCAAGUUCAACUCAACCGUUCCCCACAUCCCCCGAGAAAGCCCCAUCCAGUUAGAUACGGCUUUUAUGGGCUAUGAAGUUGUGAUAGUAAAAGGGGGCCAACGGGUGUGUGGGGCCGGUGCAGCUCUAGGCAACGCCCCCCUCGUCCAGUCCAAGUCGUACUUUGAAGUUAAGGUGCAACAGGGGGGCUCCUGGUCGAUAGGCCUGGCGACCAGACAGACUGAUCUAAGUUUGACCAAAGGGGGGAUGGAUGAAUUCUCGUGGUGCCUUUGCAGUGACCACAUCAUUAGACACAAUAAACAGGAAUUGUAUAAAAUAAACAUUUCGAGUGGUGCUUCUGGCGAAAUCGCUGGCAUUCAAGAAGGGGAUAUUGUUGGGGUGUCUUUCGAUCACAUCCAGCUCAAGUUUUACGUAAAUGGGACUGAAAUUGAUUUUGGGGUGACUAAUGUCAAAGGGACGGUGUUUCCUGCUCUCUAUGUUGAUGAUGGUGCCAUCUUAGACAUAAUUCUAGAUAACUUCAAUUAUUCGCCGCCUUCAGGGUUUGAGAAAAUUAUGCUUGAACAGUCCUUGCUCUAAUAUAAAGAUCGAGUGAUCCAUACAUCACAGUAUUUUUUAUACUAUUUAUAUUUUUUUAAUUAUUUAUUUUAAUUUUAAUAGAUUUAUGAACAAAUAACAGUAAAUGUGUAUAAAUGUAUAAUUAAGACUUGAAUGUAUAAAAUGUGAAAAAUCUCCAUCCAAUGCAUCUCUUUCAAAGUGUAUUGUAAUAAUAAUUAGAGUUUAAAAGACAGUUACGCUUUCUCUUUAUAAUCGUACAAAUAUUUAAGUCACACUUUUAACAUAUCAUGUAAUACAUUCAAUAAAAUAUUUCAUCAC